GCUGAGCAGUCUAUUAGUCCACGCGCGAUCGUUGCAGUGUAAGCACGUUUAUUUGUUAUUACACUGCAUAAAUAAGUAAUAAAUCAUAACAAAUAUACUAAUCAGCCGCAAUAAAUAAACAAAAUAAUUAGCCCGGUACCACGAAAGAGACAAAUAAAUAAAUAAUUAUUUUCAAUUCAGACAAAUCGUCAAUAAAUAAUUGAUUACAUUUUUAUCGCUGGUUUAAAUUCGCAUCAAGAUACGCAAGAUUGCCGCGGUAAAAAGUUACAAGAGGUCAAGAGGAGUGACAAUCGAUAGAAAGGUCUCCUCUCGUGUCUGAAGGUCACGGAUUCAUUAGAAUCUGCGCUACAGACUGCUGGGAAUUAUCGGGCGACCUUGAGAGCCUGGCCCAGGACCAGGAGGAGAGGGCGUCAGCCGAGAUUUAGAUAAAGGAGCUGAGCUGGACUCAAGGAGUGUUGGAUAGAAGAUUCUAAUUGAGAAUAAAAAAGAGCACUAAAUUAUCAUAAUGCCGGCAGACGCAGAGCUCAGCACUAUUCUCAGUCGAAGACAGAAAAUUAAUGAAGACUUGGAAGAAGGCAAAGAAGUUAAAAAACAGUACAAAUUUGUCAACGUGUACACCGAAUUCCACGAGCUAUCUCGCCGAGAGAUAAAGCAGUACGAGCAGACCUUCAAUAGAUUUGAUGACGGACAUGACGGAUUUCUAGAUUUAGCUGAGCUAAAAAGAAUGAUGGAAGUGUUGGGUGCACCUCAAACUCACUUGGGACUUAAAGCGAUGAUUAAGGAAGUUGAUGAAGAUGAUGAUGGUCGUAUUUCUUUCCGCGAAUUUCUUUUAAUUUAUCGCAAAGCACGAGCUGGUGAAUUGGAACAGGAUUCUGGGCUUGGUCAACUAGCGCGACUUACUGAAGUUAAUGUUGAUGAAGUUGGAGUUAAUGGUGCUAAGAAUUUCUUCGAAGCUAAGAUUGAAGAAUUGCGAAAAUCGAGUAAAUUUGAAAACGAAAUACGAAUGGAACAAGAAGAAAGGAAACGAGAUGAAGAAGAAAAAGCACAAAGACGCGCACAAUUUCGUCAGAAGGCUGCUAUUUUUAAUAAUUAAUUUUUAAAUUUACGAAUUUAAUCAAUUUACGAUAACUACAAAAUAAAUUCCAGCAAAAUCGAAUAUUUGGUUGCAAUUUUACCGAAAAAUUGUUUUGUUGAUUUGAUAAAUUAUAUAUAAAAAUAUAUAUAAAAAAAUAACGUUGAUGAAUUUAAAAAUUUAAAAAAUGUUAUCGUAAAUUUAAAUCAGAAUUUCACAAAAAUAUAUAUAAUUGUAUAUUCGUCUUAUAGCUUUUAAGAUAAAAAUUGUAUUUUUUAUAGUAGCAUUUAAUUUGUAUAUGUUUUCGAGCUACAGUUUAUUAACGCACGUUAAUU